GUAACCCGGCGAGCUCAGCGCUCCCAGACCGCCCUGCAGGCCCAGAUAACUCGUCUGUCCCAGGACAAAAGGAGGCUCCAGGAGGAGAUGGCGGCUCUGUUGGCCCAGAGAGAGGAGCUGGAGAGAAAGUGCUUGGAUUACAGGAAAGAGCAGGCUGACAUCCUGCCUCGUCUGGAGGAGACCAAAUGGGAGGUGUGUCAGAAGGCUGGCGAGAUCUCCCUGCUGAAGCAGCAGCUGAGGGAGAGCCAGGCCGAGGUGACGCAGCGAGCGGGAGAAAUGGUGGCCUUGAGAGGCCAGCUGAAGGAGCUCAACGCCCAGCUGAGGGAGCGGGAGGAGGUCAUGCUGGGCCUGAAAGACUCCUACAGCACAAAGUGUCUGGAGCUGGAGAAGUGUGAAGGAGAGCUGAGGAGGACCCUGUCUGAGGUGUCCGUCCUGAGGGAGAAGUUGGGAGUGUUCGAGGCAGAGGUGCUGAGUUUAAAGCGUGCUCUGAGUGAAGUAAGUCGAGGCGCUGAAGUUGUAGUGGGCCCUAACUUAGCUGCAGUGGGGCUGCUGCCCCCCUGGGGAACGGUCCACUGCCCGCGAAUCCCAGCGGAGCCCCCCAGCAACUCGCUCACCCCCACGUCCGACACCUUGCUCAGCCUCCAGAGCGAUGAAGCCAAAGCCCAAAGGCAGGAGGCUCAGAGGCAGGAGAGGCAGCAGCGCGAAGAAGCCCAGUGGCGUGACGUGCAGCAGCGGCAGGACGCCCACGCGCAGCAGGACCUCCAGAUGCGGUCAGACCCGCAGCUCCGCCAGGAGGCCCAGCUUCGGCAGGAGGCCCACCUCCGCCACGAGGCCCAAAUCCGCCAAGAGGCUCAGCUGCGUCAAGAAGCGCAGCUCCGUCAGGAGGCCCAGCUCCGCCACGAGGUUCAAAUGCGCCAGGAGGCCCAGCUCCGCCACGAGGCUCAACUCUGCCAGGACGCGCAGCUGCGCCAGGAGGCCCAUCAGCCACAGCGGGGUCCGGAGGGUCACUGGGAUGAAGCGGGGGAGCUGCGCAGGCAGCUGGAACAGCUUCAGGCUGCUUUACGUCUGGAGAGGCAGCAGCGGGAACGCCAGGCCCUGAACUUCGACCAGGAGCGGCACACCUGGCAGGAUGAGAAGGAACGAGUUCUGAAGUAUCAGGCACAGCUGCAGCUCAGCUACGUGGAGACCCUGCAGAAGAACCAGGCUCUGGAGAAACGUAUGAGUCAGCUGGGAGCCAAACAAACCUCAACCUGCACCACUGCUAUCACCACCAUUACCACGUCCCCCACUUCUUCUAACUCCCCACCUCCUCCACCGGCCCUGUCACCUCUCUCUCCUCAGCUGCCUUCUCUCUCUGGUCCUCCUUCUCUCUCUGGUCCUCCUUCUCUCUCUGGUCCUCCUUCCCUCUCUGGUCCUUCUUCCCUUUCUGGUCCUCCUCUCCUCUCUGGUCCACCUUCCCUCUCUGGUCCUCCUCUCCUCUCUGGUCCACCUUCCCUCUCUGGUCCUCCUCUCCUCUCUGGUCCACCUUCCCUCUCUGGUCCUCCUCUCAUCUCUGGUCCUCCUCUCCUCUCUGGUCCUCCUCUCAUCUCUGGUCCUCCUCUCCUCUCUGGUCCUCCCUCCCUCUCUGGUCCUCCACCUCUUUCUGGUCCUCCUUCCCUCUCGGGUCCUCCUCACCUCUCUGGUCCUCCUUCCCUCUCUGGUCCUCCCUCCCUCUCUGGUCCUCCACCGCUUUCUGGUCCUCCUUCCCUCUCGGGUCCUCRCCCUCCUCUCUCCGGCCCUCCUUCCCUCUCCGGCCCCAUCGCCCUCACCCUCUCCCCUCCAUGCGAAGACCAAAAGGGCCCUCCAUCCCUCCACCAGCUCGCCCCUCCCUGGGCCGGACCAUCUCGCCUGGAGAGGAUCGAGUCAACYGAGAUUUAG